AUGAAAGUCUUUACAAUCCUUGCACUACUAUUUGCAGUUGUCACAGCCAGCCCUAUUGCAAAAGAGAAAAAGUACUUCCAUCUCCAAACGACUGGCGCCAAAAACAAGGAGCUAAAUAAUCUAUUUGUUCACUCCUACCACACCGGCGCAGGUCUGAACGAUGUCGUGCUGGCAAAGGACAGUGAUAGCGCCGCCCGAGUCUUUCUGAAUGGCACCAAUGCACAGGUCGAUUUCAAGACUGAGUUUCCUUGGGGGUUUGUGGCUGUUGGGGAUACCAAUUAUGCUUCAUGGGAGUCGAUCAAAAUAAACGUCGGCUAUGGCUCUGAUGGGUUCUCUAUCAAGGACGGGAACUUUCAGUGGUCGACUGAGUAUAGCUUUGGUGGCUGGUUGGUCUGCGACUGGUUCCACAAUGUCCCCCAGCUGUUCUACCUAAAUCGUUAUUACAAGCCUGUCAUCCCAUCGAGCUGCAGUAAGGUGCAGUUGAAGCCCGUGUAUCUCCAGCAGAAGUAG